GACGGAGGAACAACUGUUUCAUUGAAAGAGACUUUUGCAGGCAAUAGAAGAAUCGCUACCCAGUAGAUUUUGAGCAUCCUGCGAGAGCACCAUGGCUUGUUACACAGUGACUGUGUCUACAGGGAGUCAGUGGUUUGCAGGUACAGAUAACUACGUCUACAUCACACUGGUGGGAACCGAGGGUUCAAGCAAGAAGACACUGCUGGACACACCUCUGUACAAUGACUUUGAGAGAGGAGCGAAGAACUCGUAUGGGGUGAGUGUCGAAGGGAACCUGGGUGACAUUGUGCUGGUGAAGAUUGAGAAGAAGAAGUACUGGGUUGAGGAUGACUGGUACUGCAGGUACAUCGGAGUAAAGACCCCAUCUAAUGAAUAUGUGGAGUUCCCCUGCUAUCACUGGCUGGUGGACAACAAGGAGGUGGUGCUGCGAGAUGGAAGAGCACGUCUGCCCCAGGACGAUAAGAUUGGUUUGGUGAAGCAGCACAGACAGAAAGAGCUGAAUCUGAGGAGGGAAACGUACAGAUGGAAGGAGUGGCAGCCUGGCUUUCCGUUGAGCAUAGAUGCCAACAGACACAGUGAUUUACCCCGGGACAUCCAGUUUGACAGUGAGAAGGAAGUGGAUUUCUUUCUAAACUUCACAAAGGCAAUACAGAACCUGUGCGUGAACAAGUUCAUGCACAUGUUCCAGUCCUCCUGGAGCAGCAUUGAGGACUUUGAGAAAAUCUUUUUGAGCAUCAAAAACACAAACUCAGAGUUUGUGAUGCAACACUGGAAGGAGGACUUCCUGUUUGGGUACCAAUUCCUGAAUGGCUGCAACCCUGUUAUGAUCCGAAAGUGCACCAAACUUCCAGAGAAGUUUCCUGUCACCCAUGAGAUGGUUUCAGUCAGUCUGGAGCGAAAGAUGACUCUGGAGCAGGAAAUAAAGGCAGGUAACAUCUACAUAGUGGACUAUGAAGCAUUGGAAGGCAUUAAUGCUAACAACACAGACCCGAGCACACUGCAGUGCCUGGCAGCUCCCAUCUGUCUGCUCUACAAAAACACUGAGCACAAGAUCCUGCCCAUUGCCAUACAGCUUGGUCAGACUCCAGGAGUAGACACUCCAAUCUUCCUGCCCACUGAUAGUUCGCUUGACUGGCUGCUAGCCAAGAUGUGGGUCCGUUCGUCUGACUUCCAGUACCACCAGAUGAUCACACACCUGUUUAGCACUCAUCUGAUUUCUGAGGUGUUUGCUAUUGCUAUGUACAGGCAGCUCCCUGCUGUUCAUCCUGUGUUCAAGCUCCUCAUCCCACAUGUUCGUUUCACCAUCGCUAUCAACACUAAGGGCAGGGAGCAGCUCAUGUGUGAGCGAGGCAUCUUUGACAAGGCAAACUCUACAGGUGGAGGAGGUCACAUCCAGAUAGUUCAGAAGAGCUUGAAGUCCCUGACCUUCAGGUCUCUGUGCUUCCCGGACAUGAUCAAGUCCCGAGGCAUGGAUAAUAAAGAUGAGGUGCCCACUUACUUCUACAGAGAUGACGGCUACAAUGUGUGGGACGCCAUCAAGAGUUUUGUGUCUGAUGUGGUGAACAUCUACUACAAGAGUGAUGAGACAGUGCAGGAAGAUGAAGAAAUCCAGGCUUUUGUCAAAGAUGUUCGCACCUCUGGUAUGCAAAACUGCGACGACAGUGAGUUCCCAGAGUCUCUGAAAUCCCGUGAGGAGCUGACGGAGUAUGUGACUGUCAUUGUGUUCACUGCUUCAGCCCAACAUGCAGCUGUUAACUUUGGACAGUUUGACUGGUACUCCUGGGUUCCCAAUGCUCCAUCCACCAUGCGGAGACCUCCACCUAACCGGAAGGGUUUGGCUGAUGUGAACUUGAUCAUUGAGAGUCUCCCCGAUCGUGGACGCUCCAGCUGGCACCUGGGGGCCGUCUGGGCCCUCAGCCAGUACCAGGAGCAUGAGCUGUUCCUGGGCAUGUAUCCUGAUGAACACUUCAUAGAGAAGCCGGUGAAGGCGGCCAUGGAGAAGUUCAGGAAGCAGCUGGAAGAGAUAAACAGCUCCAUCAAGAGGAGGAACAAGGGAAAGAAGUUGCCGUACAAUAACAUGUUACCUGAAAAAAUCCCGAACAGUAUUGCAGCUUGAGAUUUAAAAUCCUAUCAUGGGCAGGGCUGACAUGUAUCUACUUUCACUAUGAUGUCCAUACUAGGCAUUAACACAACUUCUACUCAUUCUGCUGAGUUUCUUAACACAUACAUUUUUAAAUAAAUGUAGUCACCACACCUGUAUAUUCAUAGACUGCAACGCUGAGAAAAAUGGGACAUUAUGUAAAAAUGAAUGAAAACCAAGUAAAUUGAAAACAGCACAAAGACAAGAUAUUGAAAUGUUCAAACUGAUAAGAUUCAUUUCUUCGAAAGAAAAAUUUAAACUCAUGUUGUGAAUCUGAUGCCUGGAACACAUUCAUCUAUGUGUGCAUUCAAUUUUUUUUGCUUGAAAAGAUUUUGAAAAUCCCAACAUUCUUUCUUUUUAAUUUGUUUUAUAUGUCCUAAUAUUUAGGGAUUUUUAUAAAUGUGCUUGCUACAAAACUUCUUUUAACCAGUUUGUUUGGUCUCUUAUUUUGGGGAAGUUGUGAAUUCAGAGCUAAAAACACUC